AAAAAAAUGUGAUCUUUAGAUAAAAGGUCCGUAUUAAUAUGAGCAUAACCAUUAAAUUAAUGUGUUUAGAUGAGUUAGUGAUAUCUAUGGUUAAUAUGAAGUGUCUUAUCCAUUUUUUCCCCCUAAUAUUAAAAGUUCACGUUCAUUGACGCAUUUCUCUAAACUCAUAAAAGAGAUAUUAUAAGGAAAUACGAAAAAUGUGACCAGCUAUCACUAUUUUCCUUGAAAAUGCCUUACAAUAUAUCACAGCUGACACGUUUUAUCUGAAAUACGUUCCAGCUUGAAGGCCUAAAAGAUCAGAACGUGAUUUUCUUCAUUCAAGGCCAGAUAGAUGCUUGUAAAACCAUGUGUGACAAGGGUCUGAUGGGGGGUAUAAAAACCCCCAAACUGGUUUUGGUAGGUAGCCUGCUGUACCUGAACACACUUGAAUAUUGUUUGUUUCAAUUUGAUCACCUCAAGAAACACCAUGAACAUGAAGGGGUUUGCAUCUUUAGCUUUUUUAAUUAUUCUGGAGAUUUCCAAGACUGAGAGUCAAGAUGUACGAGUGAAGCUUUGUGGUCGUGAGUUCAUUCGGAUGGUGGUCACAUCGUGUGGAAGCUCGAGACUCAAAAGGAAUUCACCUGAUUCAGACCUUCACUUCGCAAACCCCCAUAGGAAUCUACAAAACUGGCUCAACAGCGCCCUCGUUGCGCAGAAAGGGACCCUGACUGCUGAGGAGGAGCAGUGGAGGGAGCACGAAUCCCCCGAGAGCGAGGCAGAGCAUCUAGUCCCCCACCAGCAGCACAUAAGCCCACCAGCAGAGCAUAUGAAACACUCCAGCACUGUGCAGGAUCUCAGGAUGUCCUCCAGGACCCGCCGUGAUGUCGGGCCAGCGGGCGUCUGCUGCACUUCAGGAUGCACUAUGAGUGAACUGAUUCAAUACUGCUAAACUCACACAAGCUCUCCUAGGACGGAUAUAGAGCCCUAAAGAGGUCCUGAAGCUGCAUGUGGUAUAAUCAAUUAUGUUUCAUUAAACACUGCAUCUAAGUUACCUCAACUGUGUUCCACUGUUGUUCAUAGUCAUUAACAUGGCUUCAUUCCUGUACCUAACAUGAACUAACAAUUAAAAUAAUUCUAAAUUAUUUAUUCAUCUAAAAAUGUUAAUUUUAGCAUUCACUGAUAAACUAUUGUAAUCAAAAAGCUGUAACUGUUACUGUAAUAUGCUUUAACACACCUGAGCUAACAUGAACUAAAAAUGAACAGUAGCAUUUUUAUUAACUAAUGUUAGCAAAGAUUAAUAAAUACUGUAACAAAUGUAUUUCUCAUUGUUAGUUAAUGCACUAAUGGGACCUUGUGUGGAUAUACAUAUGCAAUUUAAUGAAAAGUGCUGUUUGUUAUAGACAUAUAU